GACUCCAGGGAGUUAUCUGACACUGACAUGAGCUAUGGCAACCAUUUGACUCAAUCCAUGAAGUUUUUUUUCUACAAAGAAAUAAACACGGGAGGAUUAUCAUGAUCGCAUGGUUGUUACUGCUGUCACUCUCCACAACGAGCACACAAGAUGGACAAGAAAACAGUGUUUUGCGUUGUGGACCUCAGAAUGUGACUCUUGACUACGACAGUUUCCUGUUAAAGUGGGAAGAUGACCCUUCUUGCUCUGUGAUACGAGAUGGGCUCGUGUACGAGCUGCAGCUUCUCAUUGCAGACAAACCUGAACACAAUGGUGAAGUUGUUGUGGCACCUGCACAGAUAGGAUCUACUCAUUCCUGGAAAUGGACUUCCCAUUUACCAUCGCAGUGUGCUCGCCAUUCAGUCCGGCUCAGGUCCCAAUACAACAACCAAUCAAGCCCAUGGAUGCAGAAGACGCUACCUGACCAGGGUGAAAUACUGGUUCUCCCAAGAGACCAAAUAUUGGAGGUGGGCAGCACAGCCACAUUCUGCUGCAUGGUGCCAGAUGGGGAAAGUAUUAAAACAAUGUUUCUAUAUGACUACAAAGGCACUAAUGUAACAACUACAAAGAUCAGUGAACAUGUGCACUCCCUGACUGUUCACCUGGACCAAGAAUCAGAAAACUAUAGUGAUGUACGAUGUGAAACAACCAAAGGAAACAUCAACGGAGCCAGUUUUCACGCCAGCUAUCCUCCUGAUGACAGUGAUCUUAAGUGUGAAACCCGGGAUCUGGAAUCAAUCGAUUGUUUUUGGAACGUAGGAAGGGCAGCAAACGAACAUCCUGCAAUGGAAAGAACAUAUCAGCUCCAAGGAAGCUCAUGCAUCAAUGGACGUUCAGGUAAAUGCUCGCAAAAAGUAAAGCUGGAUGCAGCUGAGAGGAACUGGACCUUAACAGCAACUAAUCGGCUGGGAAAGCUCGAGAUCCAUGACAACGCGGACCUGACCAAAAGAGUGCACAUGGUCGUGCCAGACAAAGUGGCAGCUUCAACUGUGAACCCCAGAAACAUCAGUCUGAAAUGGAGCUGGACUGUGCAGAAGUACAGUAAUCUCAACAUCACAUGCCAAGUAGAUGUCAGUGAUGGAAACUCUAAUACCAAAACUGAAAACAUUGAAGUUGGCCUCACAGCUGCAGUCAUCAAGGACUUGAUACCACACUGGGACUAUGUUGUGAGGGUCCGAUGUGGAACAGCACAGCAUUUCUGGAAAUGGGGUGACUGGAGCAAUAGUGUCAAAAUCCGCACAAAGGGUGAUGUUCCAGAUGCUCUUGACGUGUGGAUGAAGGUGAAGGCAGACCAGGCUGUAAUCUCCUGGAAGGUGCCACUGACCAAUCAGAGCCAUGGAGAAAUCUUUGACUACAAAGUGUCCUGGGCAAAGACCAAAGACAAAAAUCAGUCAAACCAAACCAACGUGUCCAGAAGCAAUCACAGUCUUACACUCACGCUGGACCCCAGUGAGGAGUACAUGGUCACUGUCACGGCUAGAAACAUAAACGGCAGCUCAUCACCAUCGACCAUCAUCAUCCCCCGCAGCAAUCUAGAUACAUCCGAGGUGAAGACCUCCUGGAUCAGUGGCAGCAAUGGUAGCUUCUUCCUGUCCUGGCCUGAUAGUCCUAACGCCAGCUGUGGCUACAUAGUGGACUGGUGUCCAGUCUUCGGUAAUUGCACCUUCGAGUGGAUGAAAGUGCCUCCCAACAGAACUCAUACCACAGUUUUUUCAAAGAACUUUGAAGAUGGUCGGAGAUACCUGCUGUCCAUAUACGCCUGCACUGAGGGAGCUGCGGUGCUACUACAGAGAAGAAAGGGCUACAUCAGAGAGACCAAAAUAGGAGUCGAGCUGUUUAAACUCAAAUACAAACAGGAAGACUCGGCUGUUGAGGUAUCCUGGGAGCCCAUACCUCUGGAAAAGCAGACUGCUUCCAUCCAUGGAUAUAUUCUCUACUACCAGGACAAGAGCGGGAACGUUUUUAACGUGAGCACAGAUGAUCCUGAAGCCACCAGCCUCACUGCAAAGAACCUGAACAUCAGUAUGUACACCUUCACGGUGACAGCAUCAACAGCAUUUGGACUUUGUGGUAAUUCAUCCAUCAAUGUCACCUUGAAUCCCCCGGCUGAUCAACUGAUAAUGCUGAUCUUGAUAUCCCUGGGAGCAGUUUUUCUUAUUCUGUCUGUCAGCACAAUUAUCUGCUACAGACAAUGGGCAUGCAUCAAACACAAAGUCUAUCCUCCAAUCCCAAAGCCAGUGCUGACCGACCAGUGGCUGACAUUACCAGAUGAACAUACGAGUCAUCAUCUUCAUUUUGAUCAGAGUUACUACAGAGAGGUCUUGGAUAUUCCUAAGCUACAUGAUCAAUUCAGACCACCACAGCCUGAGGUUGACCAGGACUACAAGCCUUUUACCUUCUCUCAGACUCCCAAAGGUUACUACAAUAAGCCUCUGAAGAAAUCCCAGCCAUGUCUCACUUUACCCACUACAGGCCUCACAUCUCAGCCAGGCUUGCCAUCUUCUCCAAUCAAUGGCGUAUUUCCUAAUCCGUUGUACAACCCAUCGUACAACCUGGUAUUGCAAAGUGUGGACCGUGAAGUCAAAUCAGGGCCCGAGGUCCAUGAGGGAAUACCUUUCAUCAGAAGCUUUAGUGGAUACCAGCCUCAGAGUCCUGAUGAGACCUUUACCACAACUGAGUUAGAGGAGUACCCAAACAGUCCCAUAUCCUGUGUGUCCACAUACAUUUUGCUACCACAGAAGACAUCUAACUAGCUGCUGCAUAUGUGAACACAUUUAAGCCUUAUUCAGGCACUUUAUGCAUCGUUAACUACUGCAUAGUUGGUUAGCUUCAUCCACCAGGUCAUCAGCAACUCAGCUAAAGUUAGGUGUGAGUUUAGUUUCAUUCACACAAACAGGACAUUUUCAGAAAAUAGAAGAUGUUUCCUUUCAAAUGAGAUCCUAGGAGUACAUUUUGGCAUUAAAGCUUUUCUGUUUAGAUGCUCACACACUCACACCUGAAUUAUAAUCCUAGUUGUUUGUUGUUAGCCAAUUAUGUUAGUGGACCAGAGCAUUAGUGGUUUUCAAAGAUUUUGUGCCCUGCAAAUUUAUUUUGUUUGUCACCACAUCAGUGACACAUACAGUAUGAAUGGCGGGUUUGAAAAACACUGCUCUAAGAUGCUGCUGUUGAACCUUUGGGGUCUGUUCGUUUCAGACACUACUGUACAGUCAUUCCUGUGGCUGGCUCACAUCAAGGUCUCUUUAAGACAUGAAAAGGACAGGUUUCUCUUGUUGGUGUCCAAGUGGCACCAAAUGGGCAUUAUUUAAAUUUACUCUGGAAACACUGCUCUCAUGACGGGACAUUGUAUCCCUCAAGGUACUUAAUUUUUAAGGGCUCUGUCCCACAAUACUAGGGACACAUCAGAGAGUACAACCACUGGUCGCUGUGGAAAAAUGUGUGCUCCCUGACUGUCAGUUGACAAGAAAUUGGUCACAAACGGGUAUACAGUGCUGCACUGAUAACUGCUUUGGUUACUAGCAGGUUGCCAGAAGUUUGAACUUGUCUAGAAAUAACUUGUUAACGGCUCUCUGAACUGUAAUGAAACUGUGAAAAAAGUGUGCCACAAACUGGAAAUGGAGAUUCUUCACCUUCUAAGUAAAGGCUUUGUCUUACUAAUGUUAUCAUCACAUUUAAAGUUUUACUUUAUAAGGGAACAUUUUCUGUUUCUGUUGCACUUACUCAGAGAGUAAAUGGUGAGUGUUUGCAGCCAGCUCAGCAUCUUCCAUGCAAAUUAUGAGAGACUGCAAAAACCUCAGUGACCUUUGUCAGUGAAUACAUAGUUUAUCCUAGAUGUUCCUAGGGCAUUGCUAACCGAUCUCUAAGAAAUUCUAAAAGUUUCUUUAAAUGUAUCUAGACGUUCCACUGAGUCAGACAUUUGAGAGAAGCCCCUCUAAAGCUUGAAUUAUUUUUCUGUUUUGAAUCUCUGCAAACCUGACUGCAAAGUCUGUACAAGUUACAGCUGUUUGCAUUUUUACUUUAAUGACGUGUCUGAAUCUCUGUGCCAUCACCACAGAAACUCAACUCAUCAUAUUGAAGCAAAUAAAUAAUGAACAAUGAAGAGAGGACUUCAGUACCGACCGAUUGAUUAUGUGUGUCCUACCUUAUUAAAAAAUGUGAAUAUUUCAUGUAGCUGCUGAGAGGUCUUUGCUGUUGAUCUCUGUCUGUAAGAACCAAGAAAUCACCUUUGAAUCAAUGCUGUAAACCAAUAAAACAAGAAGCUUC